GUAUAUAUAGUUCCUUGCAAUUGUUCUAGUAAUUACUACAAACCUUAGCCUCUUAAGAUUUUAAUUUAUAAAAUGGGUUAUUCAAAUAUGAUGAUUAUGGUGUUCUUAGCAAUAGCAAUAGCAAUAGUAGGGUUUGCUGAGGCGCAACUGAAGCUUGGUUACUAUUCGGAAAGUUGCCCAAAAGCCGAGGCGAUUGUUGAAAGUUUCGUGCAUCAACAUAUCCCGCAUGCUCAAUCUUUGGCUGCUCCUCUUCUUCGAAUGCAGUUCCAUGAUUGCUUCGUUAGGGGUUGUGAUGCAUCGGUGUUGUUAGAUAGAACUGAAGCAGGGAACAAUGAUACGGAAAAGACCGCGAAUCCGAAUCUGACACUUCGAGGAUUUGGCUUCAUUGAUGGUGUUAAGAGCUUGCUUGAAGAAGAAUGCCCUGGUGUUGUGUCUUGUGCAGAUAUCAUUGCUUUGGUUGCUAGAGAUUCGGUUUGGACCAUUGGUGGUCCAUGGUGGCCGGUCACAACCGGCCGACGAGACGGAAGGAUAUCAAACGAGACCGAAGCAUUACAAAACAUCCCACCACCAUUUAGCAAUUUCAGCUCACUCCAGACCAUUUUUGUUAGCAAGGGUCUUGAUUUGAAAGACCUUGUCUUACUUUCUGGUGCACACACCAUAGGAGUAGCACACUGCCCAUCAUUCUCCGAACGGCUAUACAACUUCACCGGAAGAGGGUACGGCCAAGACCCAUCACUCGACAGCGAGUACGCAACCAACCUCAUGACAAGAAAAUGUACAACACCUACAGACAACACAACUAUCGUAGAGAUGGACCCUGGAAGUCACAGGACAUUCGACCUUAGCUACUACAAACUUCUGUUGAAAAGGCGAGGCCUAUUCGAGUCCGAUGCCGCCUUAACCAAAUCUUCUACAACAUUGUCUUACAUCAAGGAGCUUGUGAAUGGUCCAUUGGAGACAUUUUUUGCCGAGUUUAGUAAAUCCAUGGUCAAAAUGGGUGAUGUUGAGGUUCUUACUGGUUCAGCCGGUGAGAUCAGGAAACAGUGUGCUUUUGUUAAUUAGUACAUCACAUACUAUUGGUUUGUUUGUUUUUUGGGGGGUUUGAAUAUUUCUUAAGAAUGGGUUAAGAGUGGAUGUUAUUGUGUCAUCUAUGAUGGAAAUAAUUGAGGGGGCAGUUGUUUGUGCUCUUUCUAGCAUGUGGCUUGUAUGCCACUUUUCCUCUAGAUGAUGGUGAUGCUUUUGAAUAAUUUAUGAAAUGUAAACUACCUUUAUUGUGAGUAAUUAUUUCUAUAUUUUUUAUCA